AAUUGAAGACACAAUUGAAGACACAAUUGAAGACACAAUUGAAGACACAAUUGAAGACACAAUUGAAGACACAAUUGAAGACACAAUUGAAGACACAAUUGAAGACACAAUUGAAGACACAAUUGAAGACACAAUUGAAGACACAAUUGAAGACACAAUUGAAGACUAAUGAUGACAGAGAAGCGAUACUUUGACAACAAUUUUCAAGAUUAUAGUCCGUUAAACGAUAUUUUGGAUCAAACUAGUGGUCAACUCAAUGAUGACACCAAAGAUUACUUCUUGCGAAGUGUCACUCGACUUACCAAACAUUUGGAGUCAAACUUUGAUGAUAUUCUCGAUGAAAAUAAUUACAGUGUUUAUACUGGAAGUACUGGUUAUGGCUUACUGUUUGUUCAAUUGUUUCGUGUCCUCAAUGACCGCAAGUUUCUAAACAAAUCGUUGGUAAUUCUUGAACCGACGGGUGAAUUGAAUGCCAAAAAAGUAACCUUUAUUUGCGGUGAUUCUUCACUAUUUGCUAUCAAAGCAUUGGUUUAUCACCUGAGAGAUCGUCCAAAUGAUUGUAAUAUGAUUUUGAGACAAAUGAAACCAAUGGUUAAGUUUGCAAACGAUUUGUCUAAUGAUAUUCCCGAUGAAGUACUUUACGGAAGAUCUGGUCUUCUUUAUUCAUUACUUUUUGUCCGCAAAUAUAUUGAACACUCGGAUCAAUAUAUUACUGACGAUGACAUCAGAUCUGUUGUCAAUACUAUCAUUCAAUCGGGUUUGAAGACAGCAAUUAAGGAUAAAGUUAACGAUAAGUGUCCGCUUAUGUAUUACUGGCACGAAAAGGUAUAUAUUGGUGCCGCACACGGAUUAGUUGGUAUUAUCUAUAUGUUGUUAGAGGCAAACAAAUAUCUUACAGAAGAUGAACUAAAUAAUUACAUUAAGCCUACCAUUGAAUUUAUUUUUGGACUCAGAUUAUCUACGGGUAAUUAUCCAUCGAGUUUACGCAAUUACAGAGACAUUUUAGUUCAUUGGUGUCACGGAAGUCCCGGUGCCGUACAUUUGUUUGCAUUGGCUUAUCGGGUGUUCAAUGAAGACAAAUACCUAAUGGCAGCCAAAGAUUGUUGUGAAUGUAUUUGGAAGAGAGGACUCUUAACUAAAGGUUAUGGCUUAUGUCACGGAGUGGCUGGAAAUGGAUAUGCAUUUCUUAGAUUAUAUCAACUGACUAAUGAUGUCAAGUAUUACUAUAGAGCUGUUAAGUUUGGGCUCUGGUGUGGUCGGUAUGGAGAACAUGGAUGUCGUACACCUGACCGACCAUUUUCUUUGUUUGAGGGAAUGGCCGGAACUAUAUAUUAUUUGUCAGAUUUAUUGAAACCUAAUGAAAGCCUUUUUCCUGGUUUUCAAUUGUCAUAAAUGUGUAUAAAGUUUUACAAAUUAUUUAUAUCAGACGUUAAUUAAU